CAUAUAAUGUAAGCUUUAUUCACUAAAAAUGGGAAACUCUGGUAGUGCGCAUCAUAUUAAUAUCGAAAGAUCCGGCAUCGAUCGAAGUGCUCACUUCCAAACACGAUUUCAACAUCAAACUCAGCACUCACAUCGUCAGUUUGAAUGGAGUAGAUCUGUGUUAAGGUCUAUCCCUAGUAGCCCGCAGCGAAGCUUAACCACAGAAUGGAGAAGAUCAUACCCAUCUGCACUUUUAAAGAAAGAAUCAGGCUCUCCAAUGGAAAGCUCAUUGAAAGUGCUGCCGGAGGUGGAUAAGCGGCUACAUCUACGAGCUACAACGAAUGGUGCAAUUUUAAAUUCCGGUGGUACGAUAAGUGGCCGAAAACAAAAUGAAAACCAACUUCAAAAUGUGUCCCAUAUACUUAGUCAACAAUCCAAAACAUUCGUGCUUGAAACUGUCCACGACAGUAGCUCUGGCUCAAAUAAAAAAACUGAUACAAGGCCAGAACUUACGCGAUCGCAAACAUUGCUUCAUAUAAAGGCGAAACAGAAAGACUCUGCGUCAAAUAUGAAUGACUCAAAUCUCUUCCGAAUGCAGAGACACACAUAUUCGGAGCCGGAACUCAUAAAUAGCCUUAAUCAACAAGCCGCAGUCACAACAAACAUGCAAGAACAACCAUUGAGAGCGAAUAAUCGGAUGAAGUAUUCGAAAAAGAGAAGAGCUCCUGAGGUACCCCAAGCAGUCACAGCAACAACACCACUUAUAAAAAAUAAUACGGAGAUUUUGCGAAAUACGCCUAGUUCGAAAUCCAUGCAUUACGCCAAAAAUGCAGAUCGUAAACUUAGUAAACAAAUCCCGAGCUCAGUGCCGACACAAACUGAACCUCUAAUAAAUAGAGACCAUGGGAUUCGUAAAAGUGUUAAUGAAACUAACUGCCAACGCAAUUCUCAUGAACGUCCCAAAUUCGCCUUUCGACGAGAAAAGAGCUCGGAUGCAAUUUUGCUAAGAAGUCAAAGAUUGAUUCAGCCUGAAAUAAAGGCGAAUUCAUUGAUUAGCAAAGUAAAUGAUUAUCAAAGGGAUAAAAAUCAGAUUUUAGAUAGUACAUUUGAAAAUGAGACUUCACCUCAAAAAGAAAAUUUCGAUAAUGGAGUGGUUUCAGUUCAAGAAAAUAAAUGCCAACGAACAUUUUAUUUUGGUAUGGAAACUGAUGUUGUUGAUAUACACUCCAUUGCUUUUGGUGAGCUUUUUAGUUUAUUAAAAUUAAAACAUCUUUUGACUUCAAUGAAAAACAUUUUUAGCUAA